AUGGCAGGAGUGAAUGAAUCAAAUUUACACAGUGAGGUGAAAAGUCGGAAGGGAGAGAGAGGAUCUAGGACUGAGACAAUGUGGGUAGACCUGAAUGGCAAGGAAGACAUCACUGUUGUCAACAGUUCUUUUCCUGAUCGCAUUGAAGAUUGGCUGGUGACUCAAAAUGUUCGCAAAAACACACUGGCUUCUGUCUGCCUGGAGAAACACCUUCUUAAAUCAAGAAGCAAAUUGGAUUUUCAUAUUGCAAACCAUCUCUUUGUGGAGCAUAAACAUAAACUAAUCUACUGUGAGGUUCCCAAGGUAGGCUGCUCCAACUGGAAGAGAACUAUUUUUCUUCUCCAAGGAGACUUGAACGUGAAAGCUGCUGAAAUUGAGCACGACCACAUUCACAGAACCUCGCUGAUCAAAAAACUGACGUCUUACCCUCCUGCCGAACAAAAUGAAUUUCUAAACAACUACACGAAAGUGAUGUUCACCAGACAUCCCUUGGAACGGCUGGUUUCAGCUUACAGAGACAAGCUUCUGCACUCUGAGCCAUUCUAUAGUAUCACUGUUGCAAAUGAGAUUAGGGCCAUGUUCAGAAAGAAUCAAAAUUCUUCUGAAAAAGUGAGUUUCCAAGAGUUUGUCAACUUUAUUAUAAAAAAAAACCCAGACACUCUAGAUAUCCACUGGAAGCCAAUGUUUCUGCUCUGUGAUCCUUGCAACAUUCACUACGAUGUCCUGGGCAAGUAUGAAACUCUAGGGUUAGAUUCUGAGCAUGUUCUGAAGAUCGUUGGAGCACCAGAGAGCCUGCACUACCCCAGCUUGAAGAGGUAUAGCUCAGAGAAACGAACUACUGAUGAUAUCACCUUGGAGUAUCUCAGACAAUUGAGCUCAGAGCAAAUUGAGAAGAUCAAAAAAUUGUAUCAAAUGGAUUUUUUAUUGUUCAAUUAUACUAUGAAAUAUGAAGAUUAUUUUUCCCUGGAAAGCUAA